UCAAUUCGCGACUUUCCAGUUUAGCGCCCCUAGCGGUCAGGAGGUGAUUUCAAAACAAAGAUGGCUGCCUAUGGGGUCAUGACCCAUAUGAUAUGAAAGCAUUGAAAAGCGAUAAAUAUACAUUAAAUUCACAACGUAAACAUAAUCAAAGGAGAAACAAACACAACAAAGAUGCCUCAUCAUUGCUGUGUGCCGUUGUGUACUAGUGACUCUAGAGUGAAAUCCUCGCAGGAUCUUUCUUUCCAUUCAUUUCCCAAGGAUGAAAGUUUGAAACAGAAAUGGGUAAAGAACAUUCGAAGAGACAUUGGUAAGAACUUUAAUUUGAACAAGCAUACAAGGAUAUGUUCAGCUCAUUUUGAGGGAACUUGUUAUGAAGUGGCUGUGCCAGGACAAGUGCGUAGAAGGUUGAAAAAAGACGCUCUGCCCACAAUAUUUUCAUGGGUCACGCCAAAAAUUCCACGUAGAAAGCUAUUCAGGGACAAAACACCUAAGACGCUGAAAGUGACAGAAAGUGGUCAAAGGUGUGUCUCUGGCAGUUCAUUCAUGAUAGAUCAUUCAUACUCUGGACCAAGUGACAAUAUGGACUAUGUCAUUGAUGACUGUGACAUACAGGAUGUUUCUCCUUCGCCAGAUACCUUGAACACUAGUAAGCAAUCUUCAUCUACAGAUGACAGCCUUCAAGACAUUGAAGCAGACCCUUCACCACACAAAGAGGACCUCUUCAAGCAGCACAAAGCCCUGCUGCAUGCAAGAUCUAAAGAAAAGUUUACGAUUGUGCGGUUCUGUUCUUCUGAUAGUGACAUCAGAUAUUACACAGGCUUCCCUUCAUACACAGCUAUGUGUGCUUUCUUUCACUUCCUUCAGCCUGAAUGUAACUUUUUGUACUAUGUUGGUUCGGAAAAUACUUCUCAAGGUAAAGCGUAUGAGUUUGUGUCGAAGAGGGGGCCAUCCAGAUCUCUGUCUCCCCUAGAGGAACUUUUUCUCACAUUGGUCCGCCUUCGAAAAGGUCUUCCAGAGAAAGUAAUUGCAGACUUGUAUAACUUAUCUGAAGGACAUAUUUCGAAGAUUGUGAAUACCUGGAUUCUUUUCCUGUUUGACAGGUUAAGGUGCCUACCAAUUUGGCCGUCCCACAAACAGGUGCGAAAAACAAUGCCCAUUUCAUUCCAGACUGAUUACCCUGACACACGAGUCAUUAUUGACUGUACAGAGAUAUUCAUUGAACAGCCGUCAGCAUCAGUGUGCCAAAGGGAAACAUUUAGCUCCUAUAAACACCAUAACACUGCCAAAGGACUCGUGGGUAUAGCACCCAGUGGCCAAAUUACUUUCAUCUCAAGUUUAUAUGCGGGUAGAUGCAGUGACAAAAAAAUUGUAAGGCACUGUGGCUUAUACGAUAUUCUGGAGGAGGGAGAUUCAGUCAUGGCCGACAAAGGUUUUGAUAUUGAAGAGGAUUUGAAGGAGAGAAACCUAUCGUUAACAAUCCCCCCGUUUCUUGAGAACCAGGCUCAGUUCACCUCCCAACAGCUUGCGGCGACAAGGAACAUAGCCGCAGUACGAGUGCAUGUGGAACGAGCAAUAAGAAAGGUGAAAGAAUUUGAAAUACUCAGACACACAGUCCCAAUAUCACUUUGCCCAAUGUUGGAAAAAAUUUGGACGGUUUGUGCUCACUUGGCCAAUUUCACUGGUAGCUUAUUUAAGAAUAAAUAAAAAGGUCCUCUUUGUGGUUCUGUCAGAAAACUUGUUUGAACAGUUACAAUUUACAAUGGCUUUUGUGGCACGCUAGAUGGGAAGCCGGCCUUUGUGAUUUUGCAGAAACUGAACAAGUGUUAUUUCAUAUGUGUGUUCAGUAUUAAAUAUUGUGUUAAAGUGUAAAUAUAAUUAUAGUAAGAUUACUGAAGAAAAAAAAACAAUAUCAUUGAAAAUUUAAUACAGAAAACUGUGAAAAGUCCUGAAUUCAUAUGUUUAUAUUUUAUUUUAACCCUUUUAGUG